AUGGCAACUUUUACAACUUCUUCCGAAGUUCGGCAGGAAAAAUAUGAUGUUUUUGUUAGUUUUAGAGGUUCAGACAUUAGACGUGGAUUUCUUAGCCAUUUGACAAAGCAAUUACGACUAAAAGGGAUAGAUGUGUAUGAGGAUGAGAGGUUAGAAAGAGGAGAUGAAAUAUCAUCUGCACUUUUGGAAGCAAUAGAAAGAUCAAGAAUUGCGUUGGUGAUAUUCUCAAAAGACUAUGCUUCUUCAAGGUGGUGCAUAGAAGAGCUAGAGAAAAUCAUGGAAUGCAAGCAAGUCAAUAAUCAGAUUGUAAUCCCAAUUUUCUAUAAUAUAGAUCCAUCACACGUUAGGCAUCAGGAAGGAUCUUAUGCAGAUUCAUUUGCUCAGCAUGAGCAGAAGUUUAAAGACGACUUGUUGCGAGUUUGGAGAUCUGUCUUGAAAGAAACUGCAAACUUAUCUGGUUAUCAUCAUUCCUCAAAUUUUCAAAAUGAAUCUGAUCUUAUUGAUGGAAUAAUUAAAGAUGUAUCAAAAAAGCUAGAGGGUAAAGACACAAUUGAGCCAAAGGGCCUCAUUGGAAUUGAGGAAAAUGUGGCUACUAUUGAAUCAUUCAUGAAAGAUGACUCACAAAAAAUCAGAGUUCUUGGAAUUUGGGGUAAGGGAGGGAUAGGUAAAACAACCUUGGCUCGUGCCACAUUUGAUAAGUUUUCCCACCAAUUUGAUAGUUCUUGCUUUGCAGCAAAUGUGAGAGAGGAAUCAAAAAAGAUUGGAUUGACUCGUUUGCUUAAAGAAAUUCUCUUAGUACUACUAAAAGAUGAAAGUAUUCUCAAAAUCGAUGGAAUGCCUAAUAUUCAAAGGAGGCUACAUCGAACAAGAGUUCUUCUAGUGCUUGAUGACGUAGACCACCCCAGUCAAUUACAAUAUCUUAUUGACGAAAAUCUUUUGUUGGGACCAAGUAGCAAAGUCAUCAUAACAAGUAGAGACAGGCAUGUUCUUAUUAGUGGAGGAGUUCAUGAAGUACAUGAGGUGAAAGAAUUAAGCAAGGACGAAUCGCUUCACCUUUUUUGCCGGCAUGCUUUCAAGGAAGGCCAUCCCAAACAAGGAUAUGAAAAGUUAUCAAUGCAGGUAAUUGAAUAUGCAAAAGGUCUUCCUCUGGCAUUAAAAGUUUUGGGUUCAUAUUUGAACACUAGAAAUACAAAAGCAUGGGAGAGUGCCCUUAAAAAAUUGAGAAAAUAUCCAAAUAGGGAAAUUCAAACUGUGUUGAGGGUGAGCUACGAUGGACUUGAUACAUCAGAAAAGGGGAUAUUUUUAAAUGUUGCAUUCUUCUUCAGGGGAGAAAAGAAAGAAGAUAUUAUGAGGUUGCUCGAUGCUUGUGAUGAUGACCUCUACGUGGACAUUGGAAUAGAUAGGCUUCUGGAUAAAGCACUCAUAACCAUUUCAAGUCACAAUAGAGUAGAAAUUCAUGAUAUGCUACAAGAAAUGGCUGAAGAAAUAGUUCGUGAGGAAUCCAGAGAGUAUCCUGAAAGUCGAAGUCGAUUAAAUGAUACAAAAGAAGUUCAAGAUAUAUUGGAAAAUAACAAGGGAACUGAUAUAAUUGAAGGCAUUGCAUUGAACCCAGAUGAGUUAAGAAGUGACAUACACUUGAGUGUUGACGCUUUUAGCAGAAUGAAAGAAUUGAGGUUGAGAUACUGUGAGGUUUCUGAGAUCCCUGACAAUAUUAGUUCCAUGUCAUUGUUGAAGAUUCUAUCACUAAGAGGAAGCAGCGUUAAAAGUUUGCCAGAUAGCAUCAAGCAUCUUUCAGAACUUAGAGAAAUUGAUUUGGGUGGAUGCAAGAGGCCUAGGUCCUUACCAGAACUUCAACCUUCCCCUAUUUAUUGUUAUCUCAACGAAUACCAAUCACUGGAGACCUUCAGUUUCCUACUGAUGCAAUCAAUACAUAACUCUAGUGAGUUUAGAGUUUGUUAUCCUGGAAGCACAAUCCCACGGGGCUUCAAAUAUUCUCAGACUGCUAAGAGUUCUAUUAGUAUUGAACUUGCACCAGCUUCAUUUGACCAUUUAUUGGGUUUCGCUUUUUAUUGUAUUGUUUCCGCAUUGCCAAGAGACUAUUUACCACCAGUUGGCAGAAAAUUCCACUUUGAAGAAGAAAAGAUCUAUUACAGGGUUGACGACAAACUCAUUUACCUCGAGUAUCUGAGCACAGAUCAUGUUUUGUUAUGGUAUGAUCCAGUGGAUCGCAUGUUGAAGGAAAACCAAAGAAGGCGAUUUGAUGAGGGCGCCACUUACAAAAAUACAGGAGAAAAUGGAAUUAAGGCUAGAGACGGAUGCUGUUACCGGCAGGCAGUACCAGCCAGCACCCUAAUGCUGAAGUGUCCCAACAUCAGCCAGCACGUGAUUCCGUUAGGAGAAGCACUCGUGUGUGCCAAAGGACAGGGAACUUGA